AUGGCGGCGCUCUUCACGCUUCGCGUGACGCUCCCCGACGGCGUCGAGCGCGCGGCGUCGACGCUCGCGCCGCGCGACGACGAGAUCCCCGGCGAGAAGAAGACGGACGACGACGACGAGACGACGAUGGCGUUCACCGCGGGGAAUCCGCGCGCGGAGCGCAUCUCCGGUCGCAUGCGCCUCUUCCGCGACACCUCAUCCGCCUCAUCCUCCUCCUCCUCCUCCUCCGCGUCCUCCUCCGCGCUGCCGGAGGGAAGGAACGAGAUGGCGUGCGUCCUCGCCGUCCCCGCGACGCUGUCGAUAUCGGACUUUUGUCAAUUCAUCGCCGCGCUCGUGAACGAGGUGGUCGAGAUGCGCGUGGUCGUCGCCGCGGACGCGCGUCAAGACGGAACGUCGACCGACGCCCGCGAGGAAGGAGAGGAGGCGAACGCGCAGACGAAGGCGUCGAGGGAGUCGUCGUCGAGCGCGCCGUCCGCGGCGGCGGCGGCGGCGGCGUCGUACGCGGUCGUCCUGCGCUUCGCGAGCCAAGACGCCGCGGACGCCUUCUACGUCAACUACGACAACCGAAAGUUUUCGUCGCUCGUCGACGGCACGUGCCGCGUGCUCUUCGUGAAGACGAUCGAAUUGGUGCAGACGAACGCCAAGGCGCGCGCACCGAGCGACUCGACGGAGCUGCCGUCGUGCCCGGUCUGCCUCGACAGGCUCGACCAGGACGUCAGCGGCGUCGUCACCACGGUGUGCUCUCACGCGUUCCACGCGACGUGUCUGUCGCACUGGCGAGACGCGUCGUGUCCGGUGUGUCGCUACACCGCGAACCCCGCGGAGGCGCCGACGUGUCAGCACCCGGGUUGCGGGAGCACGGAGAAUCUCUGGGCGUGCCUCGUGUGCGGGUACGUCGGGUGCGGGAGGUACGGGAACGCGCACGCGGUGGAUCACUGGAAGAAGACGGAGCACUGUUACUCGUUGGAGCUCGGCACGCAACGCGUGUGGGAUUACGUCAGGGACGGGUUCGUGCAUCGGUUGAUACAGAGCAAGACCGGGCUCGUGGAGUUAUCGCCGGGCGGGCGCGGCGGGGGGAGAGCGCGAGGAGCGCGAGGGUCGGUCGUCGCGGGCGGCGGCGCGGGGGUCGCACCGGGGGGAGAGGGAGAGAUCGUGCCCGGGAGUCCCGCGCGGCGCCGGGGGGAUUUUUCGCGCGACGACGACGACGACGGCGACGAUUUCGACGCGUCGGCGUCGGCGUCGUGCCGCCCGCAUCGCCCGCGCCCGUCGUCCCUCCUCGACGACGGCCUCGACGAAUACGACGCGGACUACCCCCUCGACGAAGGCUUAGAGGAAGCGCUCGUGUCGUCCAAGCUCGACGCGAUUCACUCGGAGUACAACCAACUCCUGACGUCGCAGUUGGACGGCCAACGGCGGUACUUCGAAGACAUCAUCGCCGCGGAGAAGGCGGAGAAGGACGGUCUCCACGACGCCGCGGCGAAGGCGACGGCGCAGGCGAGUAUCAUCGCCGGCGCGGUGAAGGACGCGCGCGACGCGCGAGAGAAGACCAAGGAGCUGAACCAAAAGAUCGACGCGCACCUGGGGACGAUCUCGGCGUUGAGAAAAGAAUGCGGCGUCCUGCAAUCGCUCAACGAGACGCUGCUCGCGAACCACGGCGAGCUCAAGACGCGGCUGACCGACGCGGAGGACGCGGCGAAGGCGCGCGAGCGCGUCGACGCGGAGAAGAUUCGCGACCUCGAGGAGCAAGUGCGCGACCUGAUGGUGUUCUUGGACGCGCGAGGGAAGAUCUCGGCGAACGAGAUCACGGCGACGGGCGGCGCGGGCGCGGGGGGCGACACGAUCGAGGGCGGGUCCGUGCUGGGCGUCGGCGACGCGCCGCCGCCGCCGAGCCGCGACGCCGCGCACGCGCGGCUGCAGAGUAAGCUCGCGAGUCGACGGAAGCGAUGAACGCACGCGAGCGCGGUGGGAUGGAUUAGUACAGGUACAGUAGGUUGAUGUGGUGAUACAAACGGCGGCGCCCGACCGGGCGGGCGGAAAACUAAACU